CGCCUUCCCUGCUGCCAGGUUCCAAGACUCCAGCUGCCAGGUUAGGCCCCUUAUUGUCGUCCCCAGUUUUCCUCUCAUACCUGCAGGGUUCCUCGAUACGGUAGGUGCGAAGCCGCCCGCCGCGGCAAUGGUCCUCUUCUCCUAGUACGGGUACCCGUAUAGGGAGGAUACGUGCGGGUUACGGUGCUGCGCGGCACACACACACACGCCUCCACGCACACAUGCACACACAAACACACACACACACAUGCGCAGCGACCCCCUACAAGUUUUUUUCUUGUUGUCUACCCAGACAGCCAGAAUGACAAGGGGGCACGAACGGGCACGGAGAGCAGGAGCCUGGCAGAUUGACACUGCCGUGAGUAUGCCUACCUCCUCCUACUCCAGCCCCGUCCCGUCCCCGUACGCACCUCCCUUAUAUAUCGCCACCGCCCAGCUUGCGCAAGUGGGUGGUUUGGCCUGUUUCUGGUCCCUGACGUGUUUGCUCUCCUUCACCCUGCUCUCCGUUUGCUCUUUGUUUUUGCAGUCUAGGUAAGCAGGCCGUGUAAUAAUAACCUUGGAUGUUACUUGCCCAUCCUUUGUGCGCGCAACUGUAUCUCUCUCUCUCUCCGUCGCACCUGCCUUUCAACCUGCCAGAGACAUUUCCCACCCUCGACCGCCUUCCCUUUGAGAGCUCCCAAGGGCCGUCCCUACACCUUGGCCUGAGCUCCUCCCCAGCCUCCUCGGCCCCAGCAACCCAGCCUCAAGGUUGCCCAUCUGGGCUCACUCGCCAUACCAUGAACGACCGCAACCGUCUCAUCCCGGCGAGCGAGGUCAAGGAGCUGAUCGAUGAUGGCAAGCUCAUCGUCAUCCACGAGGGCUACGCCCUGAAGCUAGAUGGGUGGAUAAAUAAGCAUCCUGGUGGUCGUUUGGCCAUCCUCCACAUGGUCGGUCGUGAUGCCUCGGACGAAAUCAACGUGUACCAUUUUGACAAAACCCUGGCCAUCAUGAAGGCCUACCGCAUUGGUCGUGUCCAAGAACCCUGGACCAACCUGGAGCCGCCGAUUCGCGCCGGCACCUCGGUCUUCAAGAGCCCUGUGCCAGAAGCCUACACAGACAUCGUCGUACCUGAUGACACCACUGCAUCUGCUGUAUUCGACCGUGCUACUGCCACCGAUGACGACAAUGACGACGACAACAAUUCCAUAUUCAGCCAGUCGUCCAAGCGCGAUCCCCUCAGCUCCAGCAACUCAAGUGUUGGCGCAUCUGACUCCGACACCAAGCCAACCAAGAGUGAGGAUGGCGAGUUCAGACGCAGGAACGUCAACUCAAAAGCCACAGCGGCUGCCAAAACCGCAGAGCUUCUGUCCGCAAAGGGUCUGUCGCGCGAGGCAUACACGGCUGCCCUCGAGCAAAAGGAAAUCGCCGACGGUAUUCGUGACUAUCCCUCCUUGGAUAUGCAGACGCAGCAGAAUAUCAGAGAACAGUACCGGGCCCUCCACAAGGCUAUCCGGGACCAGGGCCUGUAUCAGUGCCCAUACUUGGAGUACGGUAAGGAGCUGGCCCGGUACUCGGCGCUGUUUGCCACGUUCCUCUACCUACUCCGCAUCGAGUGGUAUAUGUCUUCUGCAAUUUUCCUCGGGCUUUUCUGGCAGCAGAUCAUGUUCACUGCCCACGACGCCGGCCACCGUGGGAUCACUGGGAAUUUUGUGGUUGACACUAUAAUUGGCGCCUUCAUCGGCGACUUCUGCUGCGGCCUCUCUAUUGGCUGGUGGAAGAGUUCCCACAACGUCCACCACCUGGUCACCAACAUGCCGGAGCAUGAUCCUGACAUCCAGAACAUCCCUCUGUUUUCCAACACGCCUACGUAUUUCAAGUCUAUCCGCAGCACUUUCUACGAUUUCACCUUCGUCUGGGACAAGGCUGCCGAUGUUCUGGUGCCAUAUCAGAAAUAUCUUUACUACCCCAUAAUGGGAGUAGCACGCUUCAACCUCUAUAUGCUAUCGUGGCUUCACUUGGUCUCUCCCCGCGCAGCACAGCUUGGCUCUGCCUGGUGGACUAGGUGGCUCGAGGUAGUCUUCAUGUCAUGCUACUGGGCACUUUUCGGAUACGCUCUUGUCUGGCGCACGUUGCCCGACUGGCCGACACGGGUUGGCUUUGUCCUUACGUCGCAUGCGGUGACCAUGUUGCUUCAUGUACAAAUCACCCUGUCGCACUGGGGCACGCCGACCUCUGACCUGGGACCGACCGAGUCGUUUGCCCAACGGCAGAUCCGCACAACUAUGGACGUCGACUGCCCGGAGUGGCUUGACUGGCUGCAUGGAGGCCUGCAGUUCCAGGCAGUACACCACCUGUUUCCCAGAGUCCCUCGCCACAACCUGCGCAAGUGUCAGACACUUGUGCGCGAGUUUUGUGCAGAUACUGGCAUCAAAUAUCAGUGUAAGGGAUUCGUGGAGGGCAACAAGGUCGUACUAACACGCCUGCAAGAGGUUGGCAAGAUGGUGGACAUACUCGUGCAAUGCCAGCUGCAUAUGGCAGAGACUGGCGAGAGCGGGUUGCACUGAGAAAUGGGUUCCGUCAUUCUGUUAAUAGAGCGCUUUAGAGCACAUGCUCCGAUUUUGUUCACUU